AUUAAAAAAUCCCUAAAUAUAUAAAACAUUAGUGAUUAAUGAAACGACUUCCUCCAGUUAGACUUGUUAAGGUGUUUCAGAAGGAAGUUGUUAGUGGUUAAUGGCAACACAACAUUAUUUUAAGUUUUGAAAGACAGGAGUUAACACGGCAACACAAUGAAGUCAUUUUUGAGUCUUGGUAUUGGGAAAUCAUCUGCCAUUCUCGAGGCUCCCAAACCUGCGAGUGGUAUUCUGCCUCACCAGGAGGAAGAGAGUCUAGCGUACCUCUGGGUGGAGCUUACCAAAUCCGAGGCCGGCUGUUGCAAGAUCUUAAGUGAGGUGCGGAACUAUGGGGAAGCUGUUAAAGAUACACAGGAGGCAGAGGAGAAGUUGCUGAAAGACUUGGGCGCCUCCGGUCUGGCAGCAGUCUCCCCACAGAUGCAACAGGCGACCGAUGAGUACCUGUCUGUGGUCAUGGAGAUGAAGGCUAAGAGUGAAGAGACGAGCUCAGUAGUACAGCAGGUGAUGGGUGACCCGGUGAAGCAAUACCACGCACUGUAUGAACCUCUAGAUGCUCUCCGUAGACGGCGAGACGCUCAGCUGGUCGUCGUCCAGAAGUGCCAAGAUAAACUGGAUCGAUUGAAGUUAAAGGGUAAGCGUACCACCGAUGUGAUAGUGGAGAGAGACAGUGCACAGCGCCAACUGAAGGAAAUAAAUGGACAGUUACUCACCGAGGCCAAGAAAUUCCACUCCAUGCGGCAGCCGUUGUUACAGCCGUGCAUCCAAGCCUACAUCCAGACCCUGGUUGACUACUACGGCACAGCAAACUCUCUCUUCAGCAACUUUAUCCAGACCAGCCGGGGAGCUCACCAGAUCAAAGACGCCGAGUAUGAGGCAACGAUGGGAGACCACUUGAGGAAAAUUAAAUCCCUCAAAAUUGUAGCUACUUAAAAAAAGAGUCAUAAGAAGUCCUGAUGGCGCUCAACCAAACGACGCGAGACUCACUUGUGACCUCCAGCACCUACGUCACACCACCGGACACAGGUGAGGCACACCUACUUGAUAAGAGCUUGUUUACCCUUACCAUGGCACCACCUGGUUACUGUUGGCCGCGCCAUCUGGGUGACCUUUAACACAAGUACCCUACCAUAACACCUCUGAUCCCUUAACACAACAAAAUUCGAGGUUGCUGAUGUUAUAAUGUAUUACAACGUCUCAACAACGUAUACUCGAUUCGUUAUAAGAAGCCCCCUGAAAGAUUACUGUAGUGGUCCAUUUCUUUGUACAGAAGAUGGUUUUUCCCAAGAGGCUUUGCUUGUUUGUAGUACAGUACAGAUUGAGUGAAUGAGUUACCAAGUGAAAAUGCAGCCUGUCUUUGCUUUAACCUAACCUAACCCACACCGAGAUAAAAGCUAUGGAGGAAGUGUGAGGUGGAUCUGGUGAAGCGAAGU